AUGUCAAGAAUGGCGUCCUUGCAACUUCUCACCCUCCUCUGUUUCGUCUUCUCUGUUUCUGGAUCCAUUGCCUCGAGGCCUCAUGCCGCCGAAUCCUUCAAACCCAGCCUCAUUCAGAAUUUCGGAAGCUGUAGUUACACAGUGAUCAUCUCUACUAGCUGUUCCUCACCAAGGUACACUCGAGACCAGAUCAGCCUCUCCUUCGGCGAUGCCUACGGAAAUCAGGUAUACGCACCGAGGCUUGACGACCCAGGGAGAAGAGCAUUUGAGCAGUGUUCAUCAGACACAUAUGAGAUAAACGGACCAUGUGCACACCAGAUAUGCUAUGUCUAUCUCUACAGGUCUGGUCCAGAUGGUUGGGUUCCAGGGAGCGUUAAGAUAUUCAGCUAUGGCUCCAGGGCAGUCACUUUCUAUUACAACACGUUUGUCCCUGAAAGCAUUUGGUAUGGUUUCAAUCAGUGCCAACGGUAUCGUACAUCCUAA